CGCGUAUAAAUGAUACUUAAAUCGUAUAUUAGCUAAAAGAUGAUGUGCUUACGGCAGCCUAUAAGCAGUACAUUUAUUAUUUUAAGUUUUGGCUAUUUAUUAUGUAAUUCGCUGUCAGUAUUUCUCGAAAAGAAGAUAGAACCGAACCAAGUGCAACUCUUGUGCAAUGUAAUUGGUGAUCACCAUGGGACAAUAGUAUUUGAAAACAAUGCAAAUCGCAUUGUGGAUAUAAAGCACAAUGGUACACAUUGUGUCGUUCAUCCAGAGGUACCACCCGUAUACAUACAUUGCGGGUGCAGUGGAAAAUCAAAUGCAAAAUGUAACAUUUCCAUAGAAGCAGAUGGAUUUAGAUGCUCAAACUGGACGUGUGGUAUAAUAUUUGAAGGUCAUUUGUCACGCAGCAACAGUACACCAGUAGGCUGCGAAGUUCCUGCAUUUGUGAGUGAGUUUUCUAUACAAGGCUUUCGCAACCACAGCAUCGUUACAUUUAAUAUUACACGCCACAUUAUUUUCGAUUGCGAUGGAAAUGGAACUCCUUCACCAGGAAUGACGUUAAUGAAAGACGGUACCGAAAUAUGUAGAAGCGAAAAUUCUACAUUACGACAUGGAAUUCAGAUGGCGGAACCUCGUAAUUCUGGAAAUUACACGUGCAUAGCCUUAAAUGCAUUUGGUGGUAAUAAUGCGACAAUUGUAGUCAAUUAUGACACUGCACAAUAUUCUGAUGCAGUUCCGGCUUAUGUACAUGAUUUUUAUGUACAAGGCUUCCACAACCACAGCGUCGUUAAAUUUAAAGGUUCACGCCACAUUGUUUUUGAUUGCGAAGGAAAAGGAACCCCUUGGCCGUACAUGAAGUUAUUAAAAGACGGUACAGAAAUAUGGAAGAGCGGAAAUUAUACAUUACGACAUAGCAUUCAGAUGACGGGACUUCAAAAUUCGGGAAAGUACACGUGCAUAGCCUUUAACGCACUUGGUGGAAACAAUGCGACAAUUGAAGUCAAUUAUGACACAGAACAAUAUUCUGAUGCAGUUAAACCUGGAGUGAUUAUUGCAUUGAAUGAUUUCAAUUCAGAUGAGAGAACUAGAACUAGUCCGACCUUGCUUGACGAUAAACAGUCGCACGCAAAUGGAAUUGGGCAAGAGAACUUUUCAUGUGCAGCAAUCAAGGACAGCACAUUUGCGUUCGACAAUGAAACAUAUACAGAAUGUAUCAACAUGCUGAAGGAGAACCGCAAUAUAAAACACCGUUUAGUUUCAGAUCUAGGUCGAACAUUCGCGUCUGGCCGGAAUGAAUGUUCCAAGUAUGAUUCAGACGCUUCUUCGGAACAGGGCACAGUUGAUCUUGACCCUCUCUACAGUGGCGUCUCAGAACCUGGUCUAUCGUUUUCAAUCCAAACAUGUGAUCAUGAAAGAGCGCCACGACAACAUCUCAGAUCCUAUGACUUAAACAAACAUGUUGCAAAUAAAGUGAAAUUACCAAAAGAGCACACAGACAAUAUUGUCAAUAAAAAUAACAUACCAGCAUCAUCCCGUAAAAUCAAUCGUACUAGGAAGGAAGAUGAUAUAAUUUACAGCGUUGCAAAGGAAACAAAACGAACAGAUGAUUACGUUUACAGCAUUGUCAACAAGCCAAAAAGAACACAGGUCGAACGCACAGAUACAAUUGAAUCAGGGAAGAGGCCAUAAUCCUUAGAAGAAGCGGGUUUGAGAGGAAAGCAGGCUGAGUGAGCGUUUUCUUCACCAAGUCAAUAUAUCAUUCUCAGUAGAACGGAAAACUUGUAUUCCAUUUCAUGAUAUAUUAUGCGUUACGUAGUGUAAUGCACAUAUUUGUUUAAUUUGUAUUGGUUUUUUAAUACUGACGUUUUCGUAUAGAAUUGUUCUUUGCUUUUGUUGCAAGAACGUUCCUAAUUAACUUGGGUUUCGUAAGUGUAUGCAUACUUAAUAUAUUGUAUUAGGAUUGAAAUUAUUAAUUUAGAUUUUAUUUUAUUUUAUUGAGAAUGUAUCAAUGUACAAUAUUAUUAUGCUCCUUAUAGUAUUGUUUGCUAUUAAAAUACCAUACAUAAUUAAUCGGUUUAAUAUGUAUAGACAAGUAUGUACAUAAAUUAUGUAAGUGUUUGUAAAUACAAGUAAAACAAUGAUAAUGUGAUGAAAGUAUAAAACAGAAAAAUGUAAGACCAAACCUUUGUAGUAUAAAUUGGUUUUAUAUUUGAAAUAUGGUCAUUUAUUCAUUAGAAUGAGUCUUAUAAAUGUUUUGCAACUGCUGCCUGAAUUGCAAUGUCAUGAUCUCAAUAUGCAGCUGUAUUAUUUUUUUUAAAGCUUUUUGUAGGAAAGAAGAGAUUUUGUCAAUACUCAUGUGUUUUUUUUCACGUCAUCCUGACAAAAGUUACAAUUUUGGUCUUUUGGUGUUUUUUUUCUGUGUUUUAACUUGCGUAUUUUGUCUAGUUCAUUUGUUCCGUUCCGCUCUGUGUAGCAAUUAGUUCCUUGCCAUAAGUAAAGGACGCAAAUUAUAAUGAAGUUUCUAUCCUGCUGUUGCAGCUGAAGUUGAAAUAAAAACAUUUAACAAGUAAAAUCAAUUGUAAAUAUUUAAGCUUUUAUUAAGCCUUUUGCAUAAACAACUUUUCUAAAGAUGGUAUUUUGCUAACCACACAUGUUGCUCAUAAAUGCUUGAACUCAGUUGUAAAAAAGUACAAAUACUUUUCUGGAAAGUUUCUUUUUUUAUAAUAUAAAUUGAAAAAGAAUGUCAUGAUUUUCGUGACGUCCAUGAUUAAGGACAGUUACUUUUGUUUCCUGAUUGAUCAUCAGCCAACCACACAAUAGAUGGAGAAUUGUAUCAAAGAGGUCACAUGACGGCGCCUAAGUACUAAUAAAUUAGCCAACUGAAUAACUUCCCAUAUCCACUUUAAUAGUGAUUCGAACAAAAUAGAUUGACACUUGCUUUGAGGCUGUAUAACAAUGCAUUUAUUAAUAGGCUUGUUUAAGACAUCGUAUGUUAUGUUCGGUUCGUCAAUUCAGUAGGCCGACGAUUGUUCUGUUCAUUCUUAAAUAUAAACACAUGUAUAACACGCUGUAAUCAGAGUAUUGUUACUGAACAUGUGUGCUUAAUAAUACUCACAACAAACAAUUAUCCGACACUAACAUCGGGACAAACGACAUUCGAUGAUGAUGUUCACUAAAUAAAAACAAUUAACAAUGUUGAAUUGUGAGGUCGUGACUUAAUGUCAAACACGUAUUGUCAGGAUCGCCAUCAUUACAAAAGACGUUAACAGUCAUAAGGAACGACCCAUGGGUCAUCCACUCUUCUUUAAUAUAUAUAUUUUUUAAAUGAUAAUAGUAUACCAGCUAUAAUGUUAAAUAAUCAUAAUUGAACAUUAUAGUAUUAAAUUAAUGCUUUGAUAAUUCAUGUUUAUUUUUAUAUUUCGGAAACAAUUUUAUAUAUACCGUUUGAGUGUCGUAGCAAAUUUCGUAUAAAUACAAUCGCCUUGAUAACAAAAUGCUUUUAACAACUACUCUCUACUACUCUUGUCAAACAGCUGGUUGCAAGACUAUACCAAUUGUUUAUAAAUACGAAUAACAUUUUGAUGAAAAAAUAUCAAUAAAUAUUAUACGUAUAUUCAGUCUUGUAUGAAUCAAUUCCCGUUACCGUGAAAGCGUUGUAAUAUUUAUGUUUUAUCGACACUUAGUGAUAAUUGUAAAUAAUUUGAUAAUCAUAAUAAAGAUUUCAAUAUGCUAUACAUAUGAUUUCAUUAUACAAUACAGGUCAUAAUGACUAGAACUGUAUUUCACAUUUAAAUGUUUGCAUAAUGUUUGUCUACUUUAACAAACAUCAUAUACUUAUAGUCAUAAAUUGUGCAUCUCCCCUCUACACUUUUAUA